AUGGCUCAUACCUCCAAACAAACACCUUCAGAAACAAUGUCUAAUUCCAGAGCAAAAGCGACGUACGAAACUAUCGAACCUCGGCGAGGCUCCCGACAAAACGCUCCUCUAAACGGAGCCCUCGCUGCGAUAGAGGCUGUUCCUCUCUUCCUAGCAGUGGCUCAACAUUCAACCUCAAACCGUCCCGAAGUGCGGCCGAGGCUCCAGGCACGAGAGCCACGCCGACCGGAGCGGAGGUGCGGCGGAGCCCGGGCGCACGGACGAUCGCCCCUCGGCUCAAGCCCCGUCAGCUGGCCGGGAGAGGCUCGCCUCGCUGGUGGAGAGGGGACAGGCGGGGCGUUAGCGGUAAAAAGCCCUCACGUAAGAGAGGGAGAGUUGCCGACACGUCAAGGCAGCGCAAGAGUAACAGCACAGUCAGCGAUGCUUGAACCCCGCGCUACCCUCACAAAAAACGACCCGCUUUCCAGCACGGCUCCGCCAGAUGCUUGCGGGUUACGGCGCUGCCGGGAACGCGGGCGGCCGGCAGCGGGAGCGAGGGCGUUCGCGGCACGGGGCUGCAGGGGCGAGGCUGGCGGCGGGGCCCCGCGGGGGCACACCCGGCCGGGGCGGCGCUCCCUGGCCGGAGGCGGAGCCUUGGCACCGCCGCCGAGCCCCGUAGCGGGGCCGGGCGCUGCUGCUGCCGGAGCCUCGCCUGGCCUCCUCCCUCCUGGGUUUGCCACAUCGGCACAGCCGUUCCGAGAAGGACUCCCCGCAGCGGAGCGGGAGCCCAGCGCGGGGAGAUGGAGCCCCGGCGCCGCCGCCGCCGCUGCUCCCCGGGACUCGCGCUCUGCCAGGGCCGCUGCUGCCACUGCCGGGACGGAGAGAGCGGCCCCGCCGCCGUCUAACGCCGCAGCCCCGGCGGCGCGGCCGAGGAGCCCCUCCUCCCCGCCUUCCUCGCCGCCGCUUCCCCGCCCCCGCCCGGCUCGGCCGGGCUCGGCAGCCGGGCCAUGGCGAGGCGAUGAGGGAACGGCCGCCCCUGCCCGCAGGCUGCGUGGGGAGGCGGGGAGCGAAGGGGCUGCGCGGCUCGGCGGCGCUGGAGCCGGGCGGCGGGGCGGGGGGAUGCGGGGCGCGGGGGCCGCGGCGCUGCAGCUCCUCUCCCGGGCCGUGAAGCAGGCGGCGGCGCAGGGUGCCCGGCAGGACCUGGGCCGCUGGCUGUCCCGAGCCGCCGGGACGGCGGCGGGAGGCGGCGGCAGCAGCAGCGGGGACGCCAUCGGCUUCGUCCCGGCGGAGGCGGCGGGAGCCGGCGGGCUGCUGCUGGGGCCCUGCGCGGAGCAGGACGGGCUGCCGCCCGCGGAGCUGCUGCUCUGCCAGCUGCCCGAGCCGGGCGGCGGCGGGCAUGGGCUGGCCGAGGCCCGGGGCUGGCGCUGCUCCUGCUGCCUGCUGGGCACCUGCUGGUACAAGAGCUGCCUCAGCCUCUGCGUCCUGGCCGCCGUGUGCUUCGCCUCGCUGGCCCUGGUUCGCCAGUACCUGCGGGACCUGCUGCUUUGGGCCGAGAGCCUUGACAGCCUGGCCGGCGUGCUGCUCUUCACCGUGGGCUUCAUCGCCGUGUCCUUCCCGUGUGGCUGGGGCUACAUCCUGCUCAACGUGGCCGCCGGCUACCUCUACGGCUUCGUGCUAGGCAUGGGGCUGAUGGUGUUCGGCGUCCUCGUCGGCACCUUCAUCGCCCACGUGGCCUGCAAGCGGCUCUUGGCCCGCUGGGCACGGGCCAGGAUCCAGGGCAGCGGGACGCUCAGUGCCAUCGUCCGUGUCGUGGAGGGCGGCAGCGGCCUCAGGGUGGUGUGUCUGUCGCGGCUGACGCUGAUCCCCUUCGGGGUGCAGAACGCCGUCUUCGCGAUUACAGAUUUAUCACUACCCAACUACCUGAUGGCUUCUUCCCUUGGGCUGCUGCCUACUCAGCUCCUGAACUCGUACUUGGGCACUACCUUGCGCACCAUGGAGGAUGUGAUUGCAGAGCAAAGUGUUAGUGGCUAUUUUGUAUUCGGUUUACAGAUUGUCAUAAGCAUAGGACUCUCGUUUUAUGUCGUUCACCGGGCUCAAGUGGAACUCAAUGCAGCUAUUGUAGCGUGUGAAAUGGAAAUGAAGACUUCACUUGUUAAAGAGACUCAGCCAAGCAUCAAUGGCUCAACCACAUACUGCAACAAGAGGACAGUAGCAUUCUCUGGAGGGAGUGUCAAUAUUGUGUGAAUUCAAGUAUUAAUGACUAAGAAAGGUUUUGUGUACCUGAGAUAGAAAUAUCUUGAACCUUGCCUAGAAAUAUCUAUGGACAAUUGAAAUAGAUUUUUAAAAAAUUACAAGUGAUUACAGGUUGUACUGUGGCACAAACCAAUCGACCAGCUCUUUAAUUGCACAUGGGGUGACUUCUAGCAAGACAAGGAAGAUGGCAAAGUAACUUAAGAUGUAAAUGCAAAUUUGGCUACACCUUUGGUCAUUUUUUCUGCCUGUCAUGGCCUGUAGUCUGCACUUUAGUUUUUUUUUCCUUUGCUCCUAUAAACUAAGAAAUGCUUCUAUAAACAGAAAAGUAGCACAGAGGUAAAUAUUUUUCUGCUUAGCAUUAUUUAUAAGGCUAAAUAAUUAUAUAUGGUAGAAUUUUAUUACUGAUAAAGGUGAAUGAGAAAGUAUGCAAUUCAGUGUAUGUUAUUCUUGAAUGUGCUUUU